AUGGAGUGUAGUCUGCGUGGCGAUGUGGGCUUUCAAGUCUAUUUAUUCCAAUGCAGAAAAUGUCUAAUACGUUUCCAGCAUCAAUAUUGCAGCAGAUCAUAUUAUGAGAAAGCGUCAGCUAAGAGUAUGAGUGAAGUGUGUCACUGGUGUUUCACUAUUCAAGAGGAGGAUGUAGGUUCUGAUGCUAAGGUUAGGAUCAGGGAUUCCGUUAAGAGAAUGAGAAGUUCUGCUGGGUUCGGAGAGUGUACAAACAUGACCCAAAACAGCAAAGCCAAGCGAGAUUUGAGAAAAUCUCGUGUUGAAAUUGAAGGACAGAUAGCCAGUGAGCUGAAGAAGCAGAGGAAUCCUGAAAUUAUAUACAGUACUGAAAGAAGAGUUGGGAAGAAAUAUAAGCUUCUUGAUGAAAUUGUCUGUUGA